AUGGGUGCCGAACUUAGCAUGGUGGUCACUACAGAGGCCGCUAAAGCAAUUGCAGGAAAAGUCUUUGCCGCGGAUCAAGUGAUGAAGGACAUCGGAGUGAGCACAAAAUUCAUUGCCAAAGCAGUAGACACCAUGGCGAACCUUGCCUACCAGGAGAAGUUUCCUGAUCACGUCAUUCACAUGUUCGAAGACGAAGUCCGAAAUACUAGCAAGUGUGACCCUGCCGGGCAACACUACUUUGCUGUAUAUCACCCUGGUUCCGAAUCGUUCGCUGCUAUCCAAAACCGGUUACAAGGCAGAAUGGAAUUCAUCGGAUGCUUCAACGAUCUGAACGAGCUUGGUAUGUCGCUUCUUUAUACCCGGCAGUCUGUUGGAUCAAACGCUGUCCUGCACGUGCUACUCCCAUCCGCCCAUAAGUACCGCAUCGACGAAACAAUUCAUGUACCACCAGCCAUCCUGCCUUUACGUAUUUCUGGCCAGACUCACUCAGAUGGCAACCCUUAUGUGUAUGCAAAGCUUGAAGUCACUGGAGAUUUUCAAUGUAGAGGGCUGGGGAUAAUCCUUCGAGAUAGGGAACGGCUAGCGGCCUAUUCAGCUGGCGCAGUUGCCGGGGCUUCAGCUGGGAGCGCGGUGGCCUUUGUUAGUGGAGCAUUGCUAUUUACCCCUGUAGCACCUCUUGCACUCGUGGGCGUUUUGGCAACCCCAUUCGCGGCAUAUUUCACUGGAAAAGCCUGCAAAGAAGAUGUGAAAUCAGACAUAAGGAUGAAGAAGAAGGUUGGAAAGGAUUGGCUGGAGUAG